AUGUUAAACAGACAUCACAAAUUCUUUUUGAUUGCUCUCAUGGAACCAUUUCAACAUAUCAGAACAAUAAACCAUUAUAGGAGGAGGUUGGGCAUAUGCUUAGCUAAUUCCAACUGUAAUGGUAAAAUCUGGUACUUUGUGGCUGAUAAUAUAGAUGUAGAAGUUCUGAUGGAUUCCCCUCAGCAGAUUACUUUGAAGCUAUUUUUACAAGAUUUGAAUCAGUAUCUUCUUACUACUUUAGUAUAUGCUAAAUGUAGUGCUUCUGAAAGGCUAGAGUUGUGGGAGGAUAUCUAUCAUCUUUCCAAUACCUUAUCUUGUUCCUGGUUAAUAGGAAGAGACUUCAAUGUGGUUCUGAAUAAUGAAAAAAAGAUAGGGGGUAAUCCUAUUCAACCUCAGGAUAUAGAAGACUUUGCUUUUUGCAUAAACUCCUGUGAUCUUGAAAAGAUGAAGCAUGUAUUUUUUGAGAGAUUGGAUAGGAUGUUGGUGAAUUCACUGCUUCUGGACAACUUUGGAAAUAUUGAAGUGGAAUAUCUUGCAAGACCUGGAUCAGAUCAUGCUCCACUUCUGUGUACCUAUGGUGAUAAGCAUCAGAAUCAGAAAGCUCAGGCUGAGACUAAGAGAUAUUUGCAUUAUGAAGAAGAGUACUGGAGAAAUAAAUCAGGCCUGGAUUGGUUUGUAGAUGGAGACAAAAAUACUAGAUUUUUCCACAAUCUAGUAAAGGGAAGAAGGAAGAAACUGCAGAUCAAAAGAAUUCAAAAUUCAGAUGGUUCAUGGAUUGAGGAUGAUGACCAAAUGGCAGAUGAGACUGUGCACUUUUACUCUCAAUAA